UACUACUUUAUAGCCAGCCACUGUAACUAUAUAGGGUACCUAUCAAUCGUUUUCUGACAAUAAACUAUUUUAGGAGGUUAGCUGAAAAAAACAUUUACAAAAUAAGUUUUCAAUUUUGUUUCCGCAACCACAUAAUAGUUAUGACAAGUCGACUAUUGUCUAUUGCUCUCGGGAAAUGUGUGCUACUGCGUGACACUUGCGCGUAUGUGUUAAUCGUAAUAUGGGUAUAAUUAUCGUAUGCACUGAUAAAAAAACCACAAAAAAAACAUAAAACUAUAUUACCCACAGUGAACUGUAUCAGUCGGUGAUUUUAUUCAUGUAUUUUUCAUCUUUGAAAUACGGCUUUAAACAGUUUAAUUUGAAAAGCUCAAAGGCAAAAUGAUUUCCAAACGAAUUUUGAUAUCGACGAUUGUCAUCAUUUAUUUGUUCCAAUUUAGUUCUGGAAAUACAGUUAAAAAAGGUGAAGUAAGUACAAAAUAUGAUCCUUCAACUACAACAAAACUUGAACCAAGUAAAUCAGAAACUAAAGGCACUGAUCCAACGGAAGUAGGAAUGAACCCGAAUGAAUAUACAGCAGUGGAAUCAGAAAAACCAAAGGGCAUACGCCAUAAAGUUUUUAAGCGUAUAAAAUCGGUGUUUUGGCCUAUACGAUUUUUAUGGGGAAAAUUCAAGAACUUGAAGAAAAGAAACAAAAAAAUAACAGAAAAAUCUGCAGCAUCAGAAUCUGGUGGAGUUUAAAAUGACAGAAAAUUCUAAUAGUAUUGUAAUUGAGUUAAUAAUGAAUGAAUUACAGUGUAAAUUAAAAUGUGA